UUCAACUUUAAUCUAAAAUCAUCUCAUCUCAUUUCAUCUCACUAUCCAAAUGGAAUCCAGAGCGGCUGAUUACUUGUGUUGAAUGCUUCAACAAAGUCAAAAUUAAUUGUAAGAAUUGUUCUUGAGGGACUGUCUAUGCUUAAAUUCGUUUGAAAUUAUCUCGUCAAAGGGUGACGCCAAUUACCUAUGUAAUUCGUUCUAUAUGUAAUAACUUGAAUCGACGUUUUGAUUUUUGGUAGUUUGUUCACGUUCUCCUCCCUCUUGAUUCGGUAGUUUUUUUGUAUUCUUCUUGGUACUUGGGUACACCCUUUGUUUUUUAAUGAAUCUCGAUUACCAUAUAUAAAAGAAAUUGUUUAUGUCCACUGUUAGUUAUAUGUGAACGAGAUAGUGAGCGUGAAUGUGUGGCUGUACAAAGAAUUGAUUGGCUUUGAAAUAAUUGUUAUCCACUGAACAAGGGCAUAUUAUUUGUCGCUAUUGAUCAAAGCAAGCCGCUCUCGGAUCAAGGCCCUUUUGACAUCGUGUUGCACAAGUUAUCAGGAAAGGAAUGGCGCAGGAUCAUUGAGAGUGCUUGCUCUUUCCUCCAUCUUGAAUCAUUACUCAAUAUUAGGUCCAGGCCUCAAGGUUCCAGAUGAGGAUGUUUCUUCUCCCAUGGUCAUCAUGCUGAUUUGUUCAGGACUACAGGCAAACACAUCCAGAAGUAACAGUUCUUGAUCCUCCAGAUGCCAUACAACAUUUACGGAAUCGCCAAUUCAUGCUCCAGGCUGUUGCUGAUCUGAACUUGUCCGACACCUAUGGCAAAGUUGGUGUUCCCAGGCAAUUGGUAAUCAAGAGAGAUGCAUCAUCCAUCCCUGAUGCAGUUACCAAAGCUGGGCUGACGUUACCACUUGUUGCGAAGCCAUUGGUGGCUGAUGGAAGCGCAAAGUCACAUGAAUUAUCACUCGCUUAUGAUCAGAACUCCCUUCAAAAACUUGAACCUCCACUUGUUCUACAGGAGUUUGUUAACCAUGGCGGUGUUCUAUUCAAGGUAUAUAUCGUUGGUGAAGCUAUAAAGGUGGUCAGACGUUUCUCUCUACCUGAUGUUAGUAAAAGGGAGCUCUCAAAAAAUGCUGGUGUCUAUCGUGUUCCAAGGGUUUCUUGUGCUGCUGCUUCAGCAGAUGAUGCGGAUCUGGACCCUGGUAUUGCUGAGCUCCCUCCAUUACCUUUACUUGAGAGACUUGCAAAGGAACUUCGUCGUCGGCUGGGUCUACGGCUCUUCAACUUGGAUAUUAUCCGAGAGCAUGGUAGCUGUAAUCAUUUUUAUGUCAUUGACAUUAAUUAUUUCCCUGGGUAUGGAAAGAUGCCAGAAUAUGAGUACAUAUUCACAGAUUUCCUUUUAAGCCUGGUGCCAGGCAGGUACAAAAAAAGAUCCUGCUAGAAACUGUUAAUGGCCUUUGUGAAUGAACCGCGUGGCAAUCAAAAUGAAAAAUCACCUCACCUCAAUAAGUAUCUGCAGAAGAGACCGGUACUGAAGUAGAAAUACCAUAUUACCUCAACAUGUAGCUGGAGGAAAAGGUUUUCUGCUUAGGGUGCUGCCAUGUACAGUGUCGUGUGCUGGCCGGAGGAGAGGGCCAUACGAAGUGUAAAUGUUCCGGACCUUCGACUUCUGUAAUUACCUACUGGCAAGAAGGAUAUGUUGCAUUUAGCAUCCCAGUUUGUACAAAGUUCAACUAUCCACCUUGUCCACGGUUCCCAUGGGUCUAACUAAGCUUCUGUUCUUGAGUUUUUUGUGUCUACCCAGUAUUUCAUGUUCUAAUUUGGUGAUAUAAGCAGUUGGGGAAUACGCACAAUUGGAGAUGUUCAAUGACAUAUAUUUUGGAGUGCGGGCAUCCAUCUUACUUGUAUCAAAGCAGUUUUAGAUUCAAUCAACCCUAUGUUUUUUGUC